UCGGCAUCGUUCAGUUCAGUUUAAGUGGUCCUCUCCUCCUAGAGCAGCAGGUGUGAGCCAUCUUCAAGCGCCAAAGCAAACAAACAUCCUUCCAAGCGAACCAGUUUGGAACCAGCUCCCCCAGUUCCGUUUAUUCCGUUCUGUGAUACCAGAUCUUGAAGGAGUUGCUCCAAAGGGAUCCCCAGUGAUACUCUAUUUGUUUUUUUUUCUGCUAAGUCGAAGCUACCAAACCAAAUACCAAGUUUUGGUCCAGUUUUCGAACCUUCUUCAAAUCAAGGCAAAUCGAGAUGGCCCCCACCGUCCACAAGGAGGACAAUUUCUCCACCACGAAUCUCAAGUGGAAGAUGACUCUCGUCCAGCCAUCCGGAGACAUGUGCGCCAAGAUCAAGGAGGAGCUGCGCGAGCCCGCGAACCCUGCCGACAUUGACCGCGACAUCGGCAUCAUCCGCGAGUGGCUCGGCAAGCAGCCGCAUCUGCCCAAGGACAUGGACGACGCCCGCCUGCGCACCUUCCUGCGCGGCUGCAAGUUCAGCAUCGAGCGCGUCAAGCAGAAGCUGGACAUGUACUACACCAUGCGUAACGCCGUGCCGGAGUUCUUCACCGACCGGGACGUGAGCCGCCCGGAGAUGUCGGAGAUCCUGAACGUGAUUCACAUGCCCCCACUGCCGGGCCUGACCCCGUCCGGUUGCCGUGUGGUGAUGCUCCGUGGUACCGACAAGGACAUCACCACCCCGAACGUGAUCGAGUCGAUGAAGCUGACGCUGAUGAUCGGCGAUGUGCGCCUGGCGGAGGAGGCCGUCGGCGUGGCCGGCGACGUGUACAUCCUGGACGCUAGCGUGGCCACCCCGACGCACUUUGCCAAGUUCACCCCGACGCUGGUCAAGAAGUUCCUCAUCUGCGUCCAGGAGGCGUACCCCGUCAAGCUGAAGGAGGUGCACGUGGUGAACGUCUCGCCCAUCGUCGACACCAUCGUCAACUUCGUCAAGCCCUUCCUGAAGGAGAAGAUCCGCGAGCGUAUCCACAUCCACAGCAGCAUGGAGGAUCUGUACAAGUACGUGCCGAAGGACAUGCUGCCGUCCGAGUACGGUGGAGCCGCCGGAUCGAUCAAGGACCUGAACGAGCAGUGGCGCGCCAAGCUGGGCGAGUACACCGCCUGGUUCAAGGAGCAGGAGGCCAGCAAGGCCAACGAAUCCCUGCGCCCCGGUGCCCCCAAGACCGCCGACGAGCUGUUCGGCAUGGACGGAACCUUCCGACAGCUGACCAUCGAUUAAACACCCCAUCCGAAGGUCACACCGUCCAUCGCCCAUCCACCGAACAUCGCUCAUCCCCCACACCACCAUCCCCAAACAUAACCUCAUCCCAAAAAAAAAAUCCCCCCAAAAAAAAACAACCAUCCAAAUUAACCAAAAUCUCAUCCCUUCACCCCCUUUCACACUAACUCAUCCUAACCUAGUUAGCCAAAUUACCCAAAACAUAAUACAAUAGAAAACGUAACGCGUGCGCGCAAAAACGAAAAGCUUCCGUUCGUGAUUCCCAAAUUUUUCGAUUUUUGAAGAAAAGAAAAGAGAUUUCAGGACCCCCCAACGGGGAUGUUCCGUAAGAGCAGCAAUUUCAUAAUAUGUAGAUUUUUUUUUUCAAUUGAGAUUUAUUAGCGAUCAGAGAAGUAAAAGAAUGGAUCUAGUUAGAUGGCGCGAUAAAACACUUUGAGCAGUCAGUUUUUUUGUUGUACUCGUUUUGUUUUAUAUUUUUUGUAACGUAUUUGCUAUUAAAGACUUUCUUGUUUAAAAGGAAA